GUGGAUCCCCCCUCGCGAACACUGUGCUGCUAUUCUUUGGGGCCUGGUCAGGUAAAUUGCCAUUACGAAAAACGAUAGCAUGGCACAGAAUAAUCCCAACCCACUGGGACCAUGGAAGAUCACAGUUUACGACCAAGAGAACUUCCAGGGCAAGCGGCUAGAGUUUACCUCCUCCUGCCAGAAUAUCACGGAAAGUGGCACUGACAACAUCCGCUCCUUGAAGGUGGAGUGUGGAGCUUGGGUAGGAUAUGAGCACUCCAGCUUCUGUGGACAGCAGUUUGUUUUGGAGAGAGGAGAGUACCCUCAUUGGGAGUCUUGGAGUGGCAGCAUCGCCUAUCACACUGAGAGGAUGAUGUCCUUCCGCCCCAUCUGCUCUGCUAACCACAAGGAGUCUAAGAUGGUGGUGUUUGAGAAAGAAAACUUUAUGGGACACCAAUGGGAGAUGAGCGAUGACUACCCAUCACUGCAGGCCAUGGGCUGGGGAACCAAUGAGAUUGGCUCCAUGCAAGUUCAGAGUGGAGCCUGGGUGUGCUACCAGUUCCCCGGUUACCGUGGUUACCAGUACAUUCUGGAGUGUGAUCGCCAUGGCGGCGAGUACAAACAUUACAGAGAAUGGGGCUCCCAUGCUCAGUCGUUCCAGGUGCAGGCAUUGCGUCGCAUCCAGCAAUGAGAUCUCUCCUAAAGCUCCACGACUUCCUCCUCUCCCUCCUUCUUCCAUAAUCAUUCCAGCAUUCCCUGGUGCUUUGUCAUCAAAAUGUCUGCCGCCAUGUUCUGUUGCUGAAUGCUGAAUAGCUUUGACUGAAUAGAAUAAAUGAUAAAGAGAGGGAGAAAGUGAGCAACAGCAGAGAUAUGGAACUGACCCCCGGAGAACAGAGGAAAAUGAAGGUGUCUUCAAAUGUCUGUGAAGUUGAUGUCAGUCAGACAGUGCAGAUGCAAGAGAAAAUGGGCAAGUCAAAAUCAAGAGUAAAACAAGCAUCUGCAGCUAACACUCAUGUACUUGUUUGAACUGUAUGUUUUAAUUCCAUGACAUUCUCAUUCAAGGCCCUGAUUAAGAACAGAGACAAUCAAAUGCGACCUAAUAAAGGAGCUCUAUCCAAGAGUAUAAUUAUA